AUGCCUAACAAGUAUUCACAUGGACUUGUUCUCUCUCAACAACAGUAUCGGGGCAUCAUCAACAACACCGAUCGCCCUCUGUCCUUGAAGACUCCCCCUGCACGCAAUUCCAGAUCCCAUAUUCACUCCACUGCAUCGUCAAUUCGCUCUUCCUCAAACUACUCGACUCAACGUUGUGUGUAUUCGGAUUAUCUCCGUCUCGAGCCUGACCCCGAACCAGAGCCUUCGUACGAUUACAGGACUUCUACCCGUAAACGUCCUCCAUCUUUCCAAUCAACACCUUCAGACCCUCCCCGAUUCGAGUCGACGUCUUCCGAACCGUCACGUCCACCCUCAGACCAGCUUCGCCUCGAGUCUCCCUUCGGUUUUCGAAUAGAAACCCGGCCUUCGCCACCUCCCGAGCUCGAGCCUACGCUUUCAGAGCAUGCACAUUACGAACUAUCCUCUCCACACCGUCCCAAUCCCGAGUCUUCAUCCCUAGAGCGGCUUCGUCUAGGGACUCCUUUUCCCCUUCGUCCUGGAAACCCUAGGCCAUCUUUGCACCACAAAAGCUCCUCUGUCGAAACACAGAUAUAUGCUCCCGAGGCCACCAUACCGCCUCCACCCACACGGGAACGCCAAGACCUAAUCUCUGUAGAGACACAUGAGUCCUAUCCCACGCCUCCAUCAUUCACAGAAGAGCGCCAGCAUGUAUUCUCGAUGGGGUCCCCGGAGACUUCCCCACCUCCUAUAUUCACAGAAGACCGCCAAGGGCGCUUUCCAUCGGAGACUCAGCGUGCCUAUUUGCCUUCUCCAACACGAGACCGCCGACAAAACUUCGCACAGAAGACUCAGGCCCUAGCUUCGCCCACGCUCUUACAAAGUCGCCAAGCCCAUUCUCCUUUUGGGACGCAGAAUUCGCCUUUGUUUCCCUCUGCUCGAGAAAUCCAAGAUUACUUCUCCAUAGCAACGCAGGGCUCACAGUCAACUCCUGCUGCGACAGAAGACCGUCGAGGUGGUUCCUCCGUGAAAGCCCGCUCCGCCUUGCUUACUCCAUCCCAGGAUGACCAGGAUCGUCUUUCAUUGGAUAUACAGCGAUUGCAGUCGUCUUCUCUAACAUCAGACCACCAACGUCGCCCCUCUUGGGGGACGCAGCACUCCUCUUCUGGGCGUCGACCCCAGAUUAUGCAGGGAUCAGUCCACGGCCGGAGACAGUCGAUUGAUUCACAAAAUGCAAGAGAUCGCCAAAAUCCACCUCUUUUGGGCCCUCGGCAAUUAUCUCUGAAUCAGUGUAUCAAGGAAACACAGCACAGCCGGAGACAAUCCAUUGAUCCGAACACUGCACAAGAGCGCCAACCUCGCCGUUCUCUGAGCACCCAGCAGCUAUCUUUGGAACAAUUCAUCCAAGAGUCGGAGCACACUCGGAAUCCUUCGACUGAUUCGCAGAUCUAUUCACCUCAACUGUCAUCAUCAUACACGGGGAGAUUGAAUCCACGUCAAACGAACUCAGCAAAUGCUCAAAGAUAUACUCCCAGGAGCACGUCGCUCGAGCAUAGCCCUCGAUCACGCCGGGAUCGGCCCUCAGCGCUUCCAGAACUCCAAAGGACAAGACCUCCACCAAUCCCACAACGUAGCGCAAGGCGCAGCCCUUCACGACAGCGAUCCAUUUUACGAUCGACCAAUUCGUCGGUUGUUUACCUCCCUUCGGAGCCUCCAAGACCGGAAACCUCUUCAGCUAUGGAUUCCCCGACCAACUCGAGAGAAGGCACGGCUUUGCAUUCUCCAACGUUUUCUCCACGGAGAUUUUCGACCAACGCAACCAUGUCUCCCCAAUCUGUGUCUUUCUCUAAUUUUAGUGAGACAAUGACAUCUCCCCGGCGGGUGUCGUUCAGCCAGUCUAGAGACAGGGAAUACUUCGAGGACGCAGAUCUUGAGUCUCUACCUUCAGAGAUUGACUUUAAUGUCUUACCUUACGAGGACCACAACGCCGGCCCGGCCAUUUUUCGUGCCACCCAGUUAGGAAUCGAAACCCCAGUCUCACCUCGCUACGAAAACCCCCAUGCCGGGCCAGCCUCCUUCCGCGCCAGUCAACCAGGACUUGGAAAACCAGUCUCACGUGAUAGACGGGUCUCAUCUCGUGCCUCGUCCUUCGACUCCGCGGCUCCUCCACCCAUUGGCUUGAACAGACGCAUAUCCCACGCCAUUGCUGAAUCAUACCAAGCUAGAAUGCCCAAAAAAGAAAGCAGAAUGUCACUACUUUCAUUCCUACGAUCAACGCCCACUCCCAAAGCCGUCCUUUACUCUGAAGUUACACAAGGCAAACCGCCAGUCCCAGUGUCCAUCUCGAGAACUGCCGCUCCCUCCAUUCCAUUGCUCUUCCCCGGAUACAGGGGUCAAUUUCCACCGAUGCGAAAGAUGCAAGAUAAGGGUUUGAGGUCUGGACUUGAGCCGAGGGUGAGACCUGGGUUAAACGCACGAACAAGCGCACCACGGAGUACUGCUCAUACAGAUGCGGCGGAGAAGAGGAAGUCGUGGUUCAAGGGCGAUGAUGACGACCAAAGCCACGGAGCAGGUCGUCCCGCGAGGAAAGCGGAGCUCGAGAGGAUAUUGAGCAAUCUGUGA